AGUACCACUCAGUCUCCCUUUGCCAUCCGACCUUGCAAUUCAUGCGAAAUCCUCAGCUGCCGUUCGCUAGAUGCGCCUGUUAGAUAAUCUUCCCGGGUUCAAAAAGACGACCGUCAUUUUACCGACCGAUACCGUAGUGUUCAUCAUAGGUCCCCGUGGUUCAGGAAAGAUUUAUAAAAACCCUUCUGCAACUUGAAAAUGUUCGUGUUCGAGCCAGCAAUAGCCGGAAUCCCGACGCCACAGAUGUUCAUGCAGAACGGUGCCGUUUCGAUGGAAUGCAAAGUGACGUUGUUAUCGUAAGGAUGCCAUCUUUUUACACCGAAGGCCCGGAUGGGGAGGAGUCAUUGAAACAGUGGAUGGAUUCAAACUAUACUAAGCCGUGCAAAGCGGUUGGAGUAUUGUACAUGCAUAACCUUGCAUUCAGUGCAGGCGACUCAAACCUGGAAGUCUCGAAACAUCUUGGUGCUUUCCGACGAACAUGCCGUCCAAAUCUUAUUCCAAGCGUCAUUCGCGUCGUCCCGACUUGGUACCACAUCGCAUGGUUGUCGAACAAGAGAAUGGAAACAUCAAUGACUCAAUUUCGACGUCAAGCAAAUGAUGAGGGUGUACAGUUUUGUAGCACCUUACCUGACGGAAAGCCCUUUGAUGGAACGCCCGAGACGGCGUGGGUCACCGUCCAGGAACUCUUGGUAUCCUGCGAUAAUGGAAACGUAGGAGUUCCUAGAAUCAGCCUCGCUGACUCCCUUCACCAAAAGUUCCAACGGUGGGGUUUAGUGGAAGAUAUUGAUGAGGCCAUUAGCCUCGCGCAUGCUGCGUUGGGGCUGUGCCCUCCAGGGCACCCCGAUCGAGCGUUGUCUCAGGAAUGUCUUGCACGUUGCCUGAAAGCGAAGGCCGCCCAGGACUGUUCAAAGGGAGCCGGUUUUGGUCCUUCAUUUUUCGGUUCUUCCGAUAUCCAGAGUUUGAUCAAAGCCCACUUUUUCGCAACUGUUGAAAACCUCCCGCCGCGUCUGUUAUAUACUCCGACAGGGGUCAUGUGUAACCGAGAGGCCCAACUAUCUUACUUCGAACUUAGUCAUCAAUACAAGCAACUCCUGUUGUCGGCCUCUUUACUCGACAGCGAGCGGCUUCAAACGGAGAUCUUAAGUGCGGUUACUGACUUCUUUCAAAUUGUCAUGCUGUCUCACAGGUGGGGGAGUGGCGAGCCCUUACUACGUGAAAUCGAAGGCAAAAAGAUCUAUGACUUGGGGGGCACGGACGGUCUGGAAAAGCUCCAACAGUUUUGCGUUCAUGCUCUCAAACGCCAUUUCAAUUGGGCAUGGAGCGAUACAUGUUGCAUCAACAGACGCAGUAGCGCCGAAUCAGACGAAGCGUUUUGGUCUUUGUUUUCUUGGUAUCGCCGGUCAUCGCUGACGAUCGUGUACCUUUCCGAUGUCUCCGACACUGAUUCGCUUGCCAGUAGUGUCUGGUUCGAGCAAGGCUGGACACUCCAAGAGCUGUUGGCUUCACCCACCGUCCUCUUCUAUAGGUCCGACUGGUCGCUCUACACGAAGAAUGAUAGCACGAAUCACAAAACAGAUCCUGCUGUGCUUGAAGAGCUCCAGAAUGUUACGGGAAUAACAAAACGGCAUCUUGUAGAUUUCUAUCCGGGCAUGGAUGAUGCACGAACCAGACUCCACUGGGCAUCAGGCCGUAGAACCACUCGACCAGAAGAUAUUGCCUACUCACUUUUUGGAAUCUUCGAGGUUCGCUUGUCAGUCCUCUACGGCGAAUCUGUGGAGAAUGCACUCGGACGUCUCCUGGCAGAGAUCAUCUCACGUUCUGGAGAUGUUUCGGUUCUGGAUUGGGUUGGGAAGCCGUCGUCAUUCAAUAGUUGUUUCCCUGCCGACCUCGCACCUUAUCGCGUGAUACCCCAGCACCGCUCGACCCCUAACGACUCUAUUAGCCGCAGCCCUCCGGUUCUUGCAAAGGCACGGAAGUUGUACAGUACUCUUGCAGCGUUACCACGUGCCACAUUUGUCAGUAGGAGGCUCGUGUUGCCCUCCAUCAUCCACAAAGUCACCGAAGUCAGCCAGCCAAGUUUCUCGACUAGCUCCUCACGUUACACAUACGUGAUUCACGCAUCACGCCUUAGGCCUGUCAAUAUCACAUUGUCGCACCGACUUAGUGAUGAGGCUGAUGCAUAUAUCCUUGUCCGCCCUUGUGGUCCGAAAUCACAGGAAACGCAGACCGCGGGCGAUGACGAGGCUGCAUGGGAGCAGUUGGAACAGCUGAAGCAGCCAUUCAGGGCACUUCUCCUGAAGAAGUUACCUCACAACGAGUACGAGAGAAUUGCAAGCGAUUGCGAGAUUACCGCUUGCGUUCAAGACCUGGCCAGUACCUUACAUGCUGAAGUGCUGAUACCGGAGAUUGUGUAGGUCGUAUUCGUCAUGCACUCUCCUACUGCGCCCCGUCGUAUUCC